AUGUCGCAAAUCUAUCAGAAAUCCGAGGUUGCGGAGCGCAACGGUAAAAAUGGCAAACCCGUUUGGAUAAUCUACAAGGGGAAUGUCUACGAUGUGACAGACUUUAUCAAGGAUCAUCCUGGCGGCGAUGAUGUCAUACUCGAGGUGGCCGGCAAGGAUGCGACGAAAGCAUUCAACAGCGCCGGACACUCGCAGGAUGCGCUGGAUCAGCUGAAAGAGUUUAAAAUUGGCGAAGUGUCGCCCAUCGAUGAACAGCCAAGGCCACAAACAGCACCAGCCAAAUCCGCACAGUCCACCAAAUCCGAACUGCCAGAGGUGACCCAGGCGGAGAAGUCCAGCGGAGGUUUCCUCUGCUGCUGCUGA